UCGCGCUCUCUCUCCCUCUCCCUAAAGUCGUUGCCGCCGCCGUUGACAGUGUCGUUGCCGUCUCCUGCCGAUGAUGGCGAAUCACAAGAAUUGCCCGAGCCCGUUCCAAAGCUUCCCCUUCAAGACCAAGAAGGCCAACCUCUACUACAUCGCCACCGCCUCCAUCCUCUGCGCCCUCUUCUACUUCCUCGGCAUCUGGCAGCACUCCGGCGCCUCCUCUGCCAUCUCCUCCUCCGGCUUUUCACAGUUCCCGUGCACCAUCCCCCGCGUCGUCCCUUCGUUCUCGCCUCACAACACCACCUCCGCCAACGUCGUCCUUGACUUCUCGGCCCACCACAGGGCGGAGGACCUCAUCCCGGCAGGGGAGGUGGAGACGGCGCAAGAUCUCCACUUCCCUCCUUGCGACUCGAAAUUCUCCGAGCACACACCGUGCGAGGACGUGCAGCGAUCGUUGAGGUUCAAUAGAGAGAGGCUGGUAUACCGGGAGAGGCAUUGCCCCGGGCAGGGAGAGAGGCUCAAGUGCCGGAUCCCGGCACCGCACGGGUACAGGGUGCCAUUCCGGUGGCCAGAGAGCCGUGACAAGGCGUGGUUCGCGAACGUGCCGCACAAGGAGCUGACUGUGGAGAAGAAGCAGCAGAACUGGGUCCGGUACGAGGGCGACCGGUUCAUCUUCCCCGGCGGCGGGACCAUGUUCUCAAACGGCGCCGAUGCGUACAUCGACGACCUGGGGAAGAUGAUCGACCUCAAGGGCGGGUCCAUAAGGACCGCCCUCGACACCGGCUGCGGGGUGGCUAGCUGGGGAGCUUACCUCUUGUCGAGGGACAUCCUCACGGUGUCGUUCGCGCCGAGAGACACCCACGAAGCUCAAGUUCAGUUCGCUCUCGAGAGGGGAGUGCCCGCACUGAUCGGAGUCCUCGCUUCCAAGAGGCUUCCGUACCCUUCAAGAGCGUUCGACAUGGCUCAUUGUUCUCGCUGCCUCAUUCCUUGGGGUCAGUAUGAUGGGGCAUACUUGAUGGAGGUCGACCGGGUUCUGCGUCCCGGCGGGUACUGGAUUCUGUCGGGGCCACCGAUAAACUGGGAGAGACACUGGAAAGGGUGGGACCGAACAGCCGAUGAUCUCAAAGCGGAACAAGAUGUGAUUGAGAGCAUAGCGAGAAGCAUGUGCUGGAAGAAGCUGAAACAGAAGGGCGAUAUCGCAAUCUGGCGAAAGCCCACCAACCAUGUCCAUUGCAAAAGGAACCGCAAGGUGUUUAAGUUCCCGCCUUUCUGCCCUGCGCAAGACCCCGACAAGGCCUGGUACACCCAAAUGGAGACCUGCUUAACCCCACUUCCCGAAGUUUCCGACAUCAAGGAUAUCGCGGGAGGGGAGUUAGCAAAAUGGCCCGAGAGACUGACUGCCGUGCCUCCGAGGAUCGCAAGCGGAGACCUAGGAGUAACGGCGGAGACAUUCAAAGAAAACACCGACCUGUGGAGGAGCAGAGUCUCUUACUACAAGUCCCUGGACCACCAACUAGCCCAGAGAGGAAGAUACCGCAACCUGCUCGAUAUGAAUGCCAACUUGGGAGGCUUCGCGGCCGCGCUGGCGGAUGAUCCGGUGUGGGUCAUGAACGUGGUUCCAGUCGAGGCCAAUGCCAACACCCUUGGAGCGAUAUAUGAGCGCGGAUUGAUCGGAACUUAUCAGAGCUGGUGCGAAGCCAUGUCCACUUACCCUAGGACUUACGACUUCAUCCACGCCGAUUCCGUAUUCACCCUCUACAAUUCGAGGUGUGAGAUGGAUGAUAUUUUGUUAGAAAUGGAUAGGAUCUUGAGGCCCGAAGGCGGAAUCAUAUUCCGCGACGACGUAGAUAUUUUGGUAAAGAUCAAGAACAUGAUGGAUGGGAUGCAAUACGAGAGCAGAAUCAUAGACCAUGAAAGGGGACCUCACGAAAGAGAGAAGAUUCUUCUGGCAUACAAGCAGUACUGGACAGCUCCAGCCCCAAAAGAUGCAACCGAAACUGUUUCUCAGUCAUAGUUAGACAUGGGAGAGACACCCGAUUCGAUCUUGUUUUGCAAUUAUCAUGUUCUUAUGUCCUUUUGCUUUUCCAUUAUUCUUGUGUUAAUAAUUUAACCGGCAUUCAAUUUUUUUGGUGCCCAAUUUUUUGGAUGUAUCAUGCUUAAGAUUUUAGGAU